UUGACGGACUGGACAGAGCUUCCAUAGCAAACUCAGAUGGCCCCCCGACAGGUUCCCAGACGCCGCCCUUCAAGAGAAAGGGCAAACUGUCCACUAUCGGUAAAAUCUUCAAGCCUUGGAAAUGGAGGAAAAAGAAGACCAGUGACAAAUUUAGAGAAACCUCAGCAGUGUUAGAGAGGAAGAUAUCCACCAGACAAAGUAGAGAGGAGCUGAUAAGAAGGGGCGUGAUUAAGGAAUUGCCUGAUCAAGAUGGAGAUGUAACAGUUAACUUUGAAAAUUCAAACGGGCACAUGAUACCCAUCGGAGAGGAAUCUACCCAAGAGGAGAAUGUAGGGAAGUCUGAAGAAGGUAAUGGCUCUGUAUCUGAGAAAACACCACCUCGGGAGGAAAAGGCAGAAGAUAAGAAAGAGAACACUGAAAACCACUCUGAAACACCGGCAGCUCCUGCUCUACUUUCUCCUGCUCCUCCUAAGCCUAAACCCAAACCUAAACCCAAAAAAUCACCCGUGACUCCCAAAGGGGCCGCUGCUGGGCCCAGCCACAAAGGUGACGAAGUGCCUCCCAUUAAAAAAAAUGCCAAGGCUCCCGGUAAGCAGGUCCCCGUCCCUCCGCCCAAGCCAACAAGCCGAAACACGACCCAAGAGGCUGCUGGUUCUUCUCAUUCCAAAAAACCAAUGGGCUCCAAAGCAUCAGCUUCACCGUCUACUUCAUCCACCUCUUCACGUCCCAAAGCUUCGAAAGAGACAGUUGCUAGCAAGACAGGGACAGUGGGGACCACAAAGGGCAAGAAGAAACCUGGCAAGCAACCAACAACGUCUCGCCUGUCCUCAGACACCGUGACCUCCAGGGCAUCUGAUCUCAAAGGAGAGCCUUCGGAGGCCGGAGUGGAGAGUCCUCAGCCUGAGCAGACUGUCCCCGGGACCGAGGAGCAGAGUGCAGGCAAAGCCAAAUCCACUGUCCCUCCACCUUCUGUGGCUGCACUACCUUCCCCCGCUGCCCCUCCUCUGCUCCUUGAGGAUCCGUGCAUUGUGGCUGUAGACACUCCCGUGGUCCUGGUCAGCAAUGGAGCUGACCUGCCCGUCUCUGCCUUAGACCCAGGUCAGCUCCUUUGGACUGAAGAGCCAACCAACAGGACCAACCUCCACUCAGGCACUGGCUUAAAUGUUAGCAGAGAACAAGCUAAAUGUUUUCCAACCAAAGAUGAGCUGGAGAAGGCCACCUCUCAGCUGCUGACCCCAGGGCUGAUGGGAGAAUCUUCGGAGUCCUUCAGUGCCCCGGAGGAUGAAGGCAGCAGGGAGUACCAGGCCAAUGACUCUGACUCAGAUGGGCCCAUCUUGUACACCGACGAUGACGAGGAAGAAGAUGACGAGGACGGCAGUGGAGAGAGUGCUUUGGCAAGUAAGAUACGACGAAGGGAUACUCUUGCUAUCAAACUCGGCAACAGACCAUCUAAGAAAGAGUUAGAGGACAAAAAUAUCUUGCAGCGAACAUCUGAAGAAGAGAGGCAGGAAAUCCGACAACAAAUUGGAACCAAGCUGGUCAGGAGACUCAGCCAAAGGCCCACAACUGAAGAAUUGGAGCAAAGAAAUAUCCUGAAACAAAAGAAUGAAGAAGAAGAACAAGAAGCAAAAAUGGAACUUAAGCGUAGACUCAGCCGGAAGCUCAGCCUGCGACCCACAGUAGCAGAGCUGCAAGCGCGAAGGAUCCUGCGAUUUAACGAGUACGUGGAAGUCACCGAUUCUCCUGACUAUGACCGCCGGGCAGACAAGCCUUGGGCCAGGUUGACGCCUGCAGACAAGGCAGCAAUAAGGAAAGAACUAAAUGAAUUUAAAAGCACAGAAAUGGAAGUUCAUGAAGAGAGUCGACAGUUUACAAGGUUUCAUCGUCCGUAAAGGAGCAUGGGGCUAUUUGCAAGCACAGAUGAUCAUCUUUAGGGGAACGAGCCCUGCUUCCCGAAAAGCUGAUAUUGCACUGAGACUUGAGUGUGUGUGACUCCGUUUAACUUGUGGUGAAGGAAGUGUGUGACUCGGCUUUGUUCGAAAGUACUCCUCACUUCUACAGUCCAGAGGGGGCCAACGAGUGAAGGGAAGGAUGCAGUAACCUUGUUGCCCAGGAUGUGGAUUGAUGGUAAGGGACACCGUGGUUACGUCAGCUAUUCUUCAUAAGGAGUUUAAUCAAAGAAGAUGAGCAGAAGACAAUCACCGGCUCCUUACUACCAGAAAGCCAAAAGAUUUAGUGCCUGUGGGUUAAAGAUAACUUGAUGGGUGCUGGAAAGGUGGGAGUUGAAAAUCAGAAAGAAAGAGAUAUAUUUCAUUAUGUUAAUGAAGAAGGGAGAAAAUUGAAACAUAAAUGUAUUUUUGAAGUAGGCAUUUGGUAGCUGAGAACUUAUUAAGGGGUUUGGGAAUCCUAAACACCCAGCAUGGAUUCCUUAAAGACUACGUUUUACACAAAUAUACUUGUUUUACCAUUACGUUGGUACAGUAAAGUACCAUUAUUUUAUGUUGUGCCAGUGAAUCCAGUUGCCAGAAACAAAUCUGAAUAUUUUCACGCGUCUUUUUCUUAAAUGCAAGAGACUUCUACUGACUCUUACCAAGCAUGCUUAUCCAAAUUUUGUUGUAUGCUUUUAAGUAGCACAGCUGUACACACUUGACAUUUUUUAUACCCCUUUCCUAAUGUGUCCAUUUUCCACAAAGAUAACAGGAUUAGGUGAAAAGACAGAUGCAGUGUGACCCUAUAAAACUGUCAUAAGCUUUAGAAACAAAUCUGUUUUUUCCUUUCCCUGUCUUGAUUAUCUCCAAAGUUAAGAAAUCAUACUUGAUCUAAAGAAGAUAAUAUCGACAAUCAUGACACCCUUUUAAGAAUGCAAAGUUAAAAUUUAAGUGAGGUACAGCAUGUGCUGCCUGCUGUUAGUUCUGAGGGGGAAUGCAAAGGACCAGUUAUUUUUCAGCACUGCAUUAAAAAAAAGUUGAAUUGCUGCUAUUAAAAUUAAGUGCAUGCAUCGGAAAAUAUACAUCCCAAGGCUUAAAAGAACAGAGAAAGUCUCUGCUAAGUUGUGUGUGGGAGAAAGCUCAUUUUUUUAUUUUAUAUUAAGAAUCUGCAGAUCACAUCCAUAAAUACAGUAUUUACUUUCAUUGCCAGAGAUCAGUGAGAUGAAAAUCACAGACAGUUUUCCUGCGAGCCUGUGAGCAGUAUUGUUUACAAUGAGAAACCUUCUAUUAUUGUAUUGCCCCUUCCCCUGGACUGAACCCCAAGCUCAGUUUGACACCUGCUCCCCAAUAUACCUGACGUGUGUGUAAAUACCACCUUGCAUUCAAUUGUUCUUCUCAGUCGUUUUUAUUAAAAAAUACAUAACAAAAAGGCAAGACCUAAAUAGAGUAUUUUAUUCUUAGAGCUCAGAGUAGAAUUUCCUGAAUUGCAUUUAGUUUGGAAUGUGGAAGAUUGUAAUUGUCAGUUUCAAUCCAAAACCAAGCAUUUCAUCUGUUGGUUAAAUUUAGAUCCCUCCACUCAUUGAUAGUUUUAUUUAAAAAAUCAUUUGAAAAAGAGUGAUUUUACUUAAAACUUUUGAAAACAAAUUUGCCCCUCUUGGCCUGUUAUAAAAAGCCAGAACCAUUUUAUAAGAGAAGUAACCAGCAUUAUUGUACCUCUUCCUGCAUUCAGCUAUGGGCAUUAAUAAAAUAAACUUGCUCUCUGUA